GACAGAUUUCGUUUUCCAAAAAAAUAAAAAGUAUUAUAAAUAUACAUAUUCUUUUAAAAUAAUUUAAAAAACUGCAUUAUAUGAUUACUAUUAAAUUAAUCGUGCCAAUUAUCUCAUGUUACGACAUCUAAAUCUACAAGCUUAGUCACAAUUUUCGGUAAGCAAACAAAGUGAACUGCACGAUAUGUCUAAUUUAGACCUCGAUUUCGACAACAAACAUGGCAUAGUAAAUUCAAAGACUGCACGGCAUUCGCUUAUAUCAGCCCGAUUCAAGCAAAGCUUUGCCUAUUAUGUAUUGCGUUAUAGACUCCCAAGUCAUUUAGCUGAGAUUAAGAAUAGCUUAAUUGACAAGUUGGAUACACUGGUGUCACAAUACGGUGAGGAAUCUCGAGGAGAUUUUAAAAAGGUUAUUUAUAAAAUAGGUCAGUUAAAAAUUCGAAUGGAAAACAAUGGAAUAUUUCACCAGUUUGCUGGAACAGAGCCUGAUAAAGAUUUGUGGAACAACUUCCUAUUAAACCUAGAGGAAGGCCAAAACACCUUCUUUGGCACUUGCUUCCUUUAUUCUGAGUGUUACGUCUUCCGUCGAUUGAUUUCCUACUUAGAAAACACGAAAACCUUAAAAAAAUUCGACUACUAUGCUUUAAAGAAAGAGAGAGCCCUAAUAAAUUUUUCGACAACAAUAGAAGUCAUGCUAUUUGGAAUACGUGCGGUUCAGGCUUCCGAUGAUGUAUUACGGUUUCUCCUAAGGCUAAAUCUAUGGGGUAAUCAAUGUGAUAUAUCAGCCGAUACAACGAAAUAUAAAGUAAAAAAAAAAGGCCCCUUCGAACACCUACGAGAAUACGAGAAAAACAUAAUAAUCGAUAGCUCGAAUUCGAUCAUUAACUGUUUUAAAUCAGCAGACCAUUCCAAGCCUGUGUUGGUGGAUUUCAUUUCAGACAACACCGGUUAUGAGCUGGUUGUUGACUUCAUGCUGGCCAAUUAUUUGCUUGAAACUAAGCUGGCGGAUAAAAUUCGCUUUCAUCUAAAGGCUGUUCCUUGGUUUGUUACGGAUGCGACGGCUUCUGAUUUCUACUGGACACUUGAUCAAUUAAAAAAACAGACUGGACGUUGUACACAAGAAUAUGCUAAAUUGUGGCUUCAAUAUUUGAGCGAUGGUAAAUUCGAAGUAGCGGAAACCGAAUAUUUUUGGACAAGUCCUUACGAGUUCUAUAGAAUGCGUGAUGUUCGUCCAGAUUUAUAUAGACAACUAGCUCAAGCUUAUAUGAUCAUCAUAAAGGGUGACUGUAAUUAUAGAAAACUAAUAGGGGAUUUUCUCUGGGAUGCUUCGGAGCCUUUCAUAACUUGCAUUCGAGGGUUUCAACCAGCUAACAUAUGCAGUUUAAGAAUCGUAAAAACUGAAAUAAUAUGUGGCUUAAGUCCCGAGAAAAAUGAAGUUUUAACAAAAAUCGACAAGGAUUGGAGGCUUGGGGGCGAAUAUGGAACCAUACAGUUCAUAGAAAAAAACUAUUGCAGUUGUCCAGAAUCAUCAGAAUAGAAAGCAGACUCAGGUGAAUUGUUAUAUCUGCUCCUUUCUUUUUCACUUAAUUGAUGGAGAUGGAGAAAAGCAUUGGCGAACAUUUUGUUCUAUGCAAUUAUUUAUGAAGCCAUAAAAUAAAAAUCAAAAGAAUUCUUGUGAAUUGUUGUACAAUACUUUACAAAUUUAUUGAGUCUUUUUUGAAAUCAUUACUUUGAAAGAAAACAAUCAAGAAUUCUUUUUUUUUCCAA